CCUCCUGAUCGAUGAACGCGUACGGGGCUAGACAAAGCAAUCUGAUCCCCCUCGAAGUAGCAGAGUCGGCGAGAUUAUCCAUCGAUGGCGGCGCUCCGGCACGCGGGGAGGAGGCUCUGCGAGCGGGCGCUCCAGCGAGGUGGACCGCAGGUGAUCCCGUCUGGCCGCCGGUCCAUGUUCAUCUCCAUCGGUGGCACGCCUAAACCUACGACUGCGGCGGCUCAGGAGGAGCUGAAAAUGCAGUUCCAGAAAAAGAAAGAAGAGUUGUUCGAUGUGCUGGUGGAGUUGUCAAGGACACGCACGUACCCAAGUCUCUCCUGGGAGGCCUUCCAGGUUAAUCAGCUCGCCGCUCGACUUGUUGGGAAGGUGGAGCCUAGGCCUGGUGACUACUACUGGCGCAGUUAUCGACUACAGGGCAGACUCAACACCUUCUUGGUUUCAUACUUGUUUCUGCAUUUUGUAUAUAUGGAACACUUCUGGAUACCCAAGAAGCAGAGAGAAGAUGGCGCCACAAGCAACAACAGUGAAGCCAAGAUCCUUCCCGACAGCGACGAGAACCAAAUAAGGACAUGAACUAGCACCAUUUAAGUAAAAAAAAAAUAGUACUAAGACGUCUUGGUUAAAUGUAUCAUAGUUAUUAGAUUGUUUCCGUUGUUUGAUAUAAAGGUACUUUGUUCUCGACCGAACCGACCUGGGUUAGAUGGUGAAGAAUUCUGCAAUUCUAGUUCUGUUUUUCAUCUACUGAAGUUGUAGUUUAAAAUCUCUACUCCUAAUGAAGCAGUUGGUGAAUAGUCUCCA